GUCCCUGGCGAAUCCUUCUGUGACUUGGUAUGUUGCAACUUGCACUGCCUCUACGCUAGCCUUCAGACCCUGGUUUGAGCUGGCUUGGUAUGAGGCUCUGUGCGACUUGUUGGUUGGGUGGGGUACCGUUCCGGUUUCUUUCAGUGCAGGGUAGGAUUGCUAGUUGCUACGUCGUUCUAUCAGCCGCGGUUGUGGGGUCUCUCUUCGCUGAGUUGGGUACCUGUGUUGUCAUCUUGGGUGAUCACUUCUCUAGAUCGAGUGAGUUGGUGUGUUGGAUUGACAUCCACGAUGUCGCUUGCUACACUCGAUUGAAAAGAGGUACACUUGUGAAAAAGUAAGUUGGAUUAUCCUUACAGAAACUGCUAAUAUCAUUCAAUUCGACUCCUGCAAUCGCCCAAGACGCCAUCAGACAAACC